GAAGAAAAGGCGAACUAGCAGAGAUAAGAUGGCGACUACCAUCAGCACCCAGCGGGGACAGGUGUACAUUGGAGAGCUACCCCAGGACUUUCUGCGGAUCAGCCCCACUCAGCAACAGCAGCAGGUGCAGUUGGACGCCCAGGCCGCCCGACAGCUGCAGUAUGGGGGCUCCCUGAACACCAUUGGCCGCCUCAGCAUCACAGUGGUUCAGGCCAAACUGGCUAAAAACUACGGUAUGACGCGGAUGGACCCAUACUGCAGGAUCCGGCUGGGGUAUGCCGUUUAUGAGACGCCCACAGCUCACAACGGAGCCAAGAACCCACGCUGGAACAAAGUGAUCCAGUGCACCGUUCCCCCAGGGGUUGACUCCUUCUACCUGGAGAUCUUUGACGAGAGGGCAUUCUCCAUGGAUGACCGGAUAGCCUGGACUCAUGUGACAAUCCCGGAGAGCCUGAGGGAGGGCAGCGUGGUGGAUGAGUGGUUCAGCUUAAGCGGUCGACAGGGGGAUGACAAAGAGGGCAUGAUCAACCUGGUCAUGUCCUUUGCUUCUCUGCCCGCUGGAGUGAUGCCCCAGCCUGUGGUCCUCAUGCCCUCUGUGUACCAGCAGGGGGUGGGCUACGUCCCCAUCUCAGGAGUUCCAGCUGUGUAUAACCAAGGCAUGGUCCCUAUGGGGGUCCCUGGGCCACAUGCUGCCCCAGUGAGCCAGGGCCCCCUGUGCAGUGAGGAGGAUCUGAAGGCUCUGCAGGAUAUGUUUCCAAACCUGGACAAAGAAGUGGUGCGCACAGUGUUGGAGGCACAGCAGGGCAACAAGGAUGCUGCCAUUAACUCUCUGCUGCAGAUGACCGAAGAGCUCUAACACUCACCUGGAGAACAUUCUGCUCAAGGGCCAAACUCCUCUGCAAACUACUAACUGCUCACACAAAGGAUCUGUGCAAGCUGUCUGAUUCACCAUGAUCCUGCUCACUUCCACUUCAGUAAUUGCUGCUUGCUUAUAGCCUAAUAUAUUUCAGUAAAUUAGCUUACAGUGUUUUU